AUGGCAUCCCGCCCAAAGUCACACGUGGCUCCCAAGGGCCCCAGGAGAGAUGUUUUGGCAUCUCUUAAGCUGGCUCACAUUGAAAUAUCCAAACCGAUAUUACCAGCAGAGUUGAUGUCCACCGUUCUCGAUUACCUUGAUCCAAUUGACCUUAUUAAUGUCGCAAAGACCUCACGGCGCAUGCAUGAGAUGGUGUACGACGACACAAGGUGGGUUCGGCUAUUAAAACAGAUGGGCUACUGGGAUGAACUCGAAGCAAGGAAGCAUGCCGGGUCUUUGCAAUCCAAUGGCCAGUCGAGCGGCUUGAUCUCACAGGGAUGGAUUACGACUCAGAGUCGAAUACCUGCAGCAUCAGUAGGGGUUCAGGCAGUUAAUAACACUGGUGGCUUUGAUGCAGUGGAAUUCACUGGGUCUAAUAAGAGUGGGCAGUAUCCCGAAGCUGCAACUACUCUUAAAGCCCUAUCUUCCGUGCAAUCAGUACGAGGAAAAGCUAGAGAACAGUAUGGGAAGAUCCAUGGGGCGUUAUACCCAUUAUAUCGUAAUGUCGUCACAUCUGAGGAAACUACUGAUUGCCUUGUCUUUAAAAUAUUUGAUAACCCGGAGGAGCAAGCCCAGCUGCUUGCACAUCUGCAAUCCUUUUCCCAUGUGGAUAGAAGUCGCGGCUGGCUUGAGAGGAAUACAAAGCUUUCCCUUGUGAUAUCAGACUUUGAAUCAGCUGCCCUCCGAGAGUUUAUACAUGGUUAUGACAAUGGAGAUAUUGAAGGGCCAAUGAGUAGAUAUGCUCGAGUGUUAGUUGCACUUAAUGGAGGCCAUAUCGCUAUUCAACAUUUCAUGCAGCAGAACAAUAUCAUAAGGCAAAAGACCGAUUUUGGAAGGCCUGCUGAUUGUUUGAAGCCUGGCAUGGUCUCUCUAGAGCAUACUCAGGCUUUUCUAACUCGCCUAAGUGUUGCGAUCAACGAGGAAGUCUCUAUCAUGGAUCGCUGUUUUCCAAACUGUGCUGGAUUAUCCACAACUUUCAUGGGGAUGAUUCAGCAAACUGUGCUAUCCCCGUAUUUUAACACCUUAUUUGAUGAGCUUCAUACUCAGUAUUCAAACUCAUAUCUACAGGCUGUUUCUGGGACUUACGUGCAAACGAGCAAUUUUGUUCGAUGUUUAAACCCUGCCAAAAACUUUCCUAAAGAAUUUCAUGAAGCUGCUAGUAAGAUGGUUGUCGAUGUGUUUGAAAAACACGUGGAGUUGUACCUUGUUGAAGAGUUGGAUGCCUUUCGAAAACAUUCCGAGGAUGUCGUUUCUGACUGGGACCGACAACUAUCGGAACAUGCCGCCUCGACCGAAUCAUUUUACAUGUCCAAUGUGAACAGACAAGCUGAUAAGAAAGAUUUCUUAACAUCAUUUAAGAAAGUUCUUAUGGCUCCUGUUAACAUACUUCCCGGUUUUUCCAAGUCAAGUACAGCCAAGGGGGAUAGCGUUGACAAACCAGCCCUCAGCCCAGGAUCUGUGGGGGCUUCACAUCCUAAUCGCUCAUCCACGAUCAUUGUUCCCGUUACUACCCCUCCAGUAUCUAAUGAGGCUCCUACGACCGAGCUAGCUGCGAAGGCAGCAAUCAUGAACGCUAAGCUGGAAGGGAUUCGCAGUCUUUUCAGUAUUGAGGUAGCACUGAAUCUGGUGCAUGUAGCAAAACUAAGCCUAGAAAGGGCAGCCCAAUUUGUUGAAAUGCAGGGAGAAUUGGGCAAAGCAGCGAGACAAAAAUGCGAAGCAAUAUUUAUUUCCCUACUACAGAUUCUUGGGCAGCAGCAUGUCAUAGCCGGCUUUGACAAAGCCGUUGGCCAUCUCUCAGUGUAUAAACCGCGACAACAACGCAGCGAGGAUGACCAACAAGGGGUCGAGCCCCUCGUUACCUUUCUGGAGCUUGUUAAUGUUGGCGAUUUGAUCUUGCAAAUGAUGGAUGUCUUCUACGAACAGGAGUUGAUUGGUGCUAGAUUAAUAGACAACAGCGACUUCCUUAAUCCAGCUGUAAAGGAAAAAAAACGGUUUGAACAAAUGCUUGAUGAACGGGUAGCUGCUGGAUUAAACAAAGGUAUUGACGUUCUCUUGGAAGAGGUGGAAUUUUUACUUGCGACUAAACAGACAGCGUUGGAUUUUUAUCCAGAAUCGGCAGACGGCAACAUCCAAGCAGUUGAUAUCGGACCAAGUGACGCAGCAACGAGCAUCGUACAGAUUGUCUCUUCGCACACACAAAUGUUAGUUGGCAGCACAGAUAAAAGUACCUUGGAUGUCUUCAAUCAAGAGGUUGGGCUUCGUUUAUUUGGUGUUCUAUGUAAGCAUCUUAAACGUCAGCGCAUCAGCAUUAUGGGCUCCAUUAAGCUGAUAAGUGAUAUGAAUUAUUACUUCACAUUCAUCCAAACCAUGAAGAACGAUCACUUGAUUCUCUAUUUCACUGCCCUUAGAGAAAUGUCGCAGCUUUACCUUAUUGAUCCGUCUGAUUCCAAGGAGAUGGCUACAAUUAUUGCUGAUGUUGAUAGGUUUAAAGGCAUCCUUCGUGCAGAAGAAGUGUAUGAGUUUGCGGAGAGAAGAGCUGACUGGUACCAAGUGAAGCGAGAUGUUGAGCGGGCUAUGUUUGGAAUUGGAUGCACGGUAAUAUGA